GUGACGUUGUCAGCGCGAACACAGGAGCGGCACGGCUCCAUCCCUAUAAAUAAAAGUUUCCAAGCAGCACGGGGGAAACAACUUGCAGCGCCGAAGGGGGUUCGGGAGCAGGCUUCAGAUUUCAGCUUCACCAAAAGGACCGAGAGAACGUAGAACAGGAGCCGCGAAGAGAUAUUUCACGCCAAUACGAGCCGGCGUCUGAACUGUAGUUUCCAAAAAAGAAAAAAAACGUUCAGCACCAUGGACAGUAUCAGAGUUAGAGCGGCGCUGUGCCUGGGCGUGUGUCUGUCGGUGUUCGCCGUCCUCUGUCAGGGCCAGAUGGCGUCGGAGAACGGCAUCUCUUCCGAGGAGGGACAGAAUCAAAUGGAGCACAUCACCAGGGACUUGGCGGAAGCGCUCCAGGGAUUGUUGGACGGUGCCCAGGAUAACCGGAUAAUACUUGAGAAAAAAGCCAGCGUGAUUCCCCGGUGCGACGUGGGCGAGCGAUGCGCAAUGAAGCACGGGCCGCGCAUCGGCCGGCUCUGCGACUGCCUGAGAGGAACCGCGUGCAACUCCUUCUUCCUGCGCUGCUACUGAGCGACGCGCGCAACCGCCUCCGCCCAGGCGCGUCGAACGGAACCGUUUCCACUGGAUACACCUCGCCGUUAUUGAUAGUCAGUCGGUCAGCCUGCAUGUGUGGCAUUGUAGUGUGUUGUUUGUCCGCUUGUCUUAAAAAUGAAAACGCAUCUGUGUGAUUAAAUUGAUUUAUUUUUAUUUAAUAAAAACAUGUCUAACAAA